UAUAUGUCGCCGACUUGACCGUCGCCGAGUUGGCAGGUGCCCAGUUGACCGUCGCCGACUUAUCCGUCACCAAUCUGUCGAGUACCCGAUUUUUAUUUUCUCUAGUGGUGAUAUUAAGUGUACGCGCUACCCUCGUAAGGAAUUUCAUGAUUGCCGCCUUUGGGUUAGGCAUGACUAAAGGAGAUUGGGUAUUCGUGGCAUUGGAGAUGAAUAACGAGAGUUAUUGGGAAGACUCGGUUUGGUCCGUUGACAACAAGAAUGACUCCGUUACAAGAAAAGCAUACGAGGCUCUCAUCAGAGUGAGUUUACUUCUUCCAACUAAAGUCAGAUUCCAGGAUGUUGCGGAUAAGGAUAAAAAAAAAACUCAGACUGAUUAUAAUUACAUUAUUAGCGAGAGGAAAAAGGUGGACUUCGCGAUUGGCGCAUUUUACGACGGUAUUUACUUGCUUGGUAUGGCUUUGAACGAGACGAUUUCUAUGGGUGGAAACAUCAGAGACGGCCUGACCAUAACCAAAUUGAUGUGGGGUCGUGAGUUUAACGGAAUUACCGGUCAUGUCAAAUUCGAUGAUAAAGGAGACAGAGAUGCGGAUUACUCCAUACUCGAUUUGAACCCAAUAACAGGGAGCUUUGAAGUUGUCGCUCAUUACUCCGGUUUGAACAAAACAUAUUUGCUGGUUCCUGGACAGAUGAUCCAUUGGCCAGAAGGACGAAAAGACCCUCCGCUGGAUAUUCCAAAAUGUGGAUUUUUGAAUGAUCAUCCUAAAUGUAUGAAUGAUGAAUCAGCAAUAAAUAUUAUUUAUGGAAUUGUCGCUUUAGGAUUGAUCUUAGCUUUCUCAGCUUCACUAGCUUUUGUUUAUUUUAAGCGUGUAAGGCGAGUACCAGAGAACUUAAACAACAUGUCAUGGCACAUACGACCCAAUGAGGUGAUAUUUGACUUAGAUAUAUUUUACGACUCCGAACUAGGGCUUCUGAGGUUACCUGAAUCAAUCAACUCGCUGCAUACGUCAUCAAAUAUUAUUACGGAGGGAAUCUACAGAGGUACUCGUGUAUGCAUAAAGAAAAUUACCAAGAAAAAAAUGGAUAUUAACAAGAAACUUCUCUGGGAAAUCAAGCAAGUUAAAGAUGUUAUACACGAGAAUGCUGUUUGCUUACUGGGUGCAUGUAUUGAGAGUCCGACCGUCCUUAUUAUCACAGAAUACUGUACCAUGGGAAGUUUGCGUGAGGUUCUACGUAACGAUGAAAUUAGUCUUGAUUGGAAUAUCAAGAUGUUGUUAAUUGACCAUAUUGCUAAAGGGAUGAGCUACCUGCACAACAGCGAGAUUUCCGCUCAUGGGAAACUAAAUUCCCACAAUUGCUUAAUCGAUGGCCAUUUUGUAUUGAAGAUUUGCGAUUUCGGUCUAACCUCUCUAAUGACACCAGACGAUAUCAUCAAGGAUAUCAGUUAUUAUAUGAAACUAUUGUGGGUUGCUCCGGAACUGCUUCCUAACACCGUCAUAGUAGGAACUCCGGCAACGCAAAAAGGCGAUGUCUAUAGUUUUGCUAUUAUCCUUGAGGAGAUUAUUCUGAGAGCUGGUCCUUUCUUUGCCGCAAUGCAAUGCGUAGAUGUUCAUGAAAUUUUAAAACGCGUGGUUGCCAGGGCGACUCCUCCAUUUAGACCGACCGUGGAUGAUACAAACUGUUCCGACGGUUUGAUUUAUCUAAUGGAAUCAUGCUGGGAGGAUAAUCCAAAUCACAGGCCCACCUUCGACGUUAUCCGUGGGGCAUUCCGAUCUAUCAUGAAGAACUACUACGGAAAUAUGAUGGAAACUCACCAGACCCAAGGAACACUAUAAAGUAUGAUAAUAAAGUCAAGAAAAAUGUCACUCCGGAGUACCCUUAUACUAAGUAUUAAUAAUUAAAAUACAGUGGAAUCUCGCUUAACGAACAUAAUCCGUUCCAAAAU